UCUAGUAACAAGCCUUCUUCAUUCUCUUUUUCUUAUAUGUUUCAUUACAUUAACAAUAUCAUACAUCACUAUAUUCAAUUCUUGCUUAUGGAGAUAGAACAACCAUUGUUAGCAGAAAUCAUACCUAUUUUAGCUCAAAGUCAGAACAAGGCCAAAAAUGGGGAUUAUGUAUCUUUAACCAAAACAAACAACAAAUUAGAAACAUCUCAUGAUUUUUGCUACCACCCUGAAUCCUUUAAGAAACUUGUGGAAAUGGACCUGCCUUGUAAUGAAAGUGUGGAGGAAAAACUCUGUUGGUUGCGGUCUCAAAUCAUAGGUAAUUAUGCAAAGUUUGAUUCUCCGUUUGGAAGACGAAAACUUGUCUAUGCUGAUCACACUGCUUCUGGUCGUAGUCUUCGUUACAAUGAAGAUUUCAUCAUCAAUCACCUUCUUCCUUUCUAUGGGAAUACUCAUACUUGCGACAGUUAUGUGGGAAGCAGAACAACAAAAAUGCUACAUGAAGCAACUGAGUACAUUAAGAAAUGCUUAGGUGGCGGAGAAGAUGAUGCAAUCAUCUUCUGUGGCUCAGGCACAACUGCAUCCAUCAAAAGACUUCAAGAAGUAAUGGUAAUUGCAGUGCCUUCUAUUUUGAGGGAAAGUAUGUUGAAUAGCCUUAGCAAAGAAGAAAGAUGGGUGGUUUUUGUAGGACCACAUGAGCACCAUUCAAAUCUACUUUCUUGGAGGCAGAGUUUGGCAGAGGUUGUAGAGAUUGGCUUAGAUGAUAAAGGGUUGCUUGAUAUGGAAGCUUUGAAGCUACAACUUGAGGCCUAUAAAGAUACUAAUCGACCAUUGUUAGGAUCUUUCUCUGCUUGUAGUAAUGUAACUGGAAUCUACUCAGAUACACAUGCAAUCGCAAUGCUUUUUCACAAAUACAACGGCUAUGCAUGUUUUGAUUUUGCAGCAAGUGGUCCGUAUGUGGAGAUUGACAUGAGAUCAGGGAAGAAUGAUGGGUACGAUGCUGUGUUCCUUAGUCCACAUAAGUUUCUUGGUGGUCCUGAUUCUCCGGGAGUACUUUUGAUGAACAAGGCCUUGUAUCGGUUGAGAUCUUCACCCCCGUCCACUUGUGGAGGUGGAACUGUCACUUACGUCAAUGCUUUCGAUGAAAAGGACACAAUAUAUAUGGAGAAUAUAGAAGAUAGGGAAAAUGGGGGAACCCCUCCAAUAAUUCAAACAGUGAGAGCAUCGUUAGCAUUUUGGGUGAAAGAAUACAUUGGCUACAACGAGAUAGAGAAAAGAGAACAACUAUACAUUAACAAGGCACUCAAGAGACUUGUUACCAACCCCAACAUUAAGAUUUUGGGUAACUUAAACGCCAAGCGACAAGCUAUACUGUCAUUUCUCAUCUACUCUACAACCAAUUCUUGCUCAUCAAUUGAUAGUAGUAGCCAAGAACAUGAAGGGGAGCUUAAUCUGUGGCAAGAAAUGGGGAACCAGAGAGGCAAGCCACUUCAUGGCCCUUUUGUUGCAGCAUUGCUUAAUGACCUUUUUGGCAUUCAAGCUCGAGGUGGGUGUGCUUGUGCUGGACCUUAUGGACAUGAAUUACUCAACAUCAAUAAAUCUCAAUCACUUGCUAUUAGAUCAGCUGUUCAAGAGGGCUAUAUUGGAGUAAAACCUGGAUGGACAAGAGUUAGUUUUCCUUAUUACAUGAGUGAAAGUGAUUUUGAUUACAUUUUAAGUGCAAUAGAGUUUUUAGCUGUAUAUGGUCAAAGGUUCUUUCCUCUAUAUAGCUUCAACUUGAGGAAUGGAAGUUGGACAAUGAAGACUGAGAAAUUUGAGGCAGUAAACAAGGAAGACACUUGCAACAUUUCUAAUCAUUUACUGGGAAAAAAUCUAGAGGAAAUAAACACUGAUGUUGAUGUGGCUGUGAGAAGGAACCAAACUUAUUUAGAUGUGGCCAAAUAUAUUGCUAGUAGCCUCCCUAAGUUUCCACCUCAGGGAAUAUUGCAGGAAGAAAUGGAUCCCAAUAUCCUCUACUUUAGAGUUUGAAUUUUGGAGUUGUCUCAUGAGAAGUCACUUGAUUGCAAGGUUUGCCCUACAACCUGUAGGUACUCGGUUCGAGACCCGGAGUUUGAAUUUUGAAUUUGUUUUCAAUACUCGAUACCAAACAUUAUUUAUGAACAUACUGAGUAUACAUAUGAUUUUGUGCCAUUGUUCAUUUGAUUUGUAGUCUGAAUAAAUGAAAUCUACAUUUUAUGGCAUCUUUCUUCAAUUUUUGACUUAAAAAUGUGUAGGAUUUAGAUUAGACUUGGACUUCGAAAUUUCAUAAAUCUGAAUACUCGAUGAUGUGACAAUUAUUUAUUAUCAUUAAAGAUCAAUUCACUUUAA